GUGGGAAAGGCAUUUGUCAGCUGAUUGAAAUGCAGGUAAAUAAUGAAAGUCUUACAAAACAUUUCAAUAAGGAUAAAAUGAAACACUAACAUGAUUUUUUUUAGAUUUACAUUUAAGAGAUAUACUGUUUCUCAACAAUAACACCGAACCAUGGGGUGAAGUAAUACAAAAAUGGAAAGAUACAUUUAAAGUUCGAAAAGAAAGUGAACACAAGAGCGUUCAUGAGUUUCUACAAGACUGGAAAAUAUUAUCAGACCAAAGAAGUGACAUAUUGAUAAACAUUGACUUCGACUUGUUGUAUCCAGAAAAAGGGCUGAAUUUUUAUUUAAAUUGGAAAAUAUUUUUCGAAAAAAUUAUUGCUUUUAAACCGAACAGAGACGAAAGGAUCUUGAACCUUAUUGAGUCACUGAAAAAUUUAGAUAAUGAUUUAACACUUCCUGCUGAGCUUAAAAUACUCGCACAUCUGGUGCCUCCAAAGGGAAGAAUUUCAAAAAAAAUUAAGUUCACUACUCAGGAAGCAAUUGACUCCUUAUAUAUUUGUGUGCCGAAUGCUGGCGAUAUAGACCAAGUAAUCAAAGAACAAAAACAAAAGGCGACAAGCAAGAAAUUGUCUGUUCAACCCUAUGUUAUACUCCAGGGAUCUUUGCUAGAGUGUGGUUCACCGUUACUAAUAGUAGAUGAUGUAAGAUAUCAAUUUUUAACCAUAACAAAAGCUUUUGAUACUCUUUUUAAACUUUACCAUACCUUCAACGUUAGAUAUCCCAGAGCAGGCGACCAUUUAUAUUUGAUCAUACAAAGAUGUGUAUAUAAUAUAGAAACUAAGUACGAUAACGUCGUACCGUAUAUAAUUGACGUUUUGAAUAUGUGAUUUAGCUAAACACCACUUUCAAGGUUUCAUAAACUCAAUCAGAGCAGGGCCCACUCCCAAUUGAGUUGUUAAUGCUAUUCUUUGAAAAAAAAAAACAGUUUAUACACAGACUUUCAAUUAGAAAGAAUUUUCUUACCACUUCUAACUCAGUUACGACAAUUUAUGCAACAAUAAUUGCUACAAGUGAUAUUUACAAUAUUGUUAACCUGAUCAAUCUCCGACUAAAACUCUCUGUGUUUCGCUUAUUGUCAAAAUGGAUUUGAACUGUAAUUACUGUCACAAAAUACUUCAUGAUUUUAAGCAAUACAUUUUUCAUUUAGAAACUAUCCAUAAAAUAGGUAACUAUUUUGUCUGCCCUUUUGAGAGUUGUAAAAGAACAUAUGAUAAAAAAAAUCGUUUUAAAAAUCAUUUAACAACGUGUUACAAUUCAAAUCGCAAUAGGAAUAGUACUUCUUGUGACAAUAGUAUUAAUAUCAGUAACUCCAUCCUGUCCGAACAAAGUUCAUUUCCAAGUACCAAUGAUACACACCAAUCUUUUGACACAUCACCGUCGAAUGAUAAAGACACUGGAAAUGAAUCUUUUAUAAAAUCUGUAAAAUCAUACUUAAAUAUAUUUGUAUGCAAUUUAUAUGGGUUUGUUAGUUUACCAAGAUCUUUAAUACAAACUUUGAUAGAAUUAGUUCAAACCUUAAUCCACAACAUCACUUCAAAUAUACACGAAACAGUUAAUAACGAACAUAUAGAUGCCACUAAAAGAAACAUUAUUGUAAUAGAAAUGAUAUUAGCAUUACCAGACAUAUUUAAAGACUACGAUACAGAAUAUAAGCGCUUGAAAAAUUUAGUUGACAAUGAGUAUUAUGUAGCCCCUGUAGAAGUAAAGAUCGGAACUGUCAAAGAUCGACGUAGUGAAAAUAAUGAUGUAACAAUGAUGCUGAAAACUUUAUAUGACACCACUUAGACAAACAUUAAGCAAUUUUUUAAACUUACCUGGAGUACUUUCUCACAUUCUUAAUUAUCAACAGAUGCUUUUGGACGAGAGUAAUGUAAGUAACGGUGAUGUGAUUCGAAAUGUGAUUCAAGGAUCGUUGUGGAAAGAACUUUCGGCUAAUAUAGACAAAGAUAGUAUCGUUAUCCCUUUAAUUUUGUAUUUUGAUGAUUUUGAAAGUGGCAAUGCCCUAGGAAGCCACGCUGGCGAAUAUAAGUUAGGUGCAGUUUAUAUUUCUAUUGCAACUAUUCCGCCAGAACAAUCAAGUAGGUUAGAAAAUAUUUUUGUGACUCAAGUAUUUUAUUCAAAGGACAGAGUAUUUUUUGGCAAUGGGGCAAUUUUUAACAAAUUAAUUGAAGAACUUAAGUUUUUAGAAGAAGUUGGCGUUGGUGUUUUAUUGUCCAAAAAUAUCAUUACAGUAAAAUUUGUAUUAAUAACUUUAUCUGGAGAUAACUUAGGACUCCACGGCAUAUUAGGACUUUUCGAAAGCUUUAUGGCUACAUAUUUCUGCAGGUUUUGUUUGACUACCAAAACUGAAUCUGAAACCCAAUCGUGUGAAUUAAAUAAUCUACGAAUGCCUUCUGAAUACAAUCAACAUGUUGAAAAUCGUAUAGGAAUUAAAGAAAUAUGUGUUUGGAAUAAUUUGAAAUAUUUUCAUAUUUACAAUAAUGUUACAUGUGAUGUGAUGCAUGAUCUUACGGAAGGGGUACUAAGGUAUGGAAUGGCCCUUGUAAUUAGAAGUCUAAUAGAUAAAGGAUAUUUCUCACUAGAUCAUCUGAAUUCUAGGAUAAAGUACUUUAAGUACAAUACUAAUGAGAAAAACACACCACCACCAAUCAAUAAUCAACACUUAUUAAACAAAAGUUUAACUAUAUCUGCUUCUGAAAUGUUAUGCCUUACAAGAAAUUUUGCUUUUGUGGUUGGAGAUUUAGUUGAAAAUAACGACCCCGUUUGGAACUAUUAUUUAAUAUUAUUGGAAAUAACAAAUGUUCUCACUUCACAUUCGUUUACUUCAGACCUAAUAGAUUACUUAAAAAGUAUUAUUGAAGAACAUCACCAGCAAUACCUUAAUUUAUUUCAAAGUAAAUUAAAACCCAAACAUCAUUUCCUUAUUCAUUACCCUACAAUUAUAAAAAAAAUUGGGCCGCCUAUACUUAUAAGUGCUUUUAAAUACGAAGCGAAACACAAAGAGUUAAAAAAGGUUUGUCAGUCAAUAACAUCACGAAAAGAUCUUCCUCAAUCUGUUAUGAAACGUUGUCAACUAAAACAAAGUUUUCGAUAUGCAACUGAGAAAGGUUUGACGGAAAAUCUUUUGUAUGGUAAAUAUGAAUUUGAUGAAGGCCACUGUGGUGCAGACAAUUGCAUUUAUGUUGAUUGGUGUGAAUUAAACGGAAUUAGGUAUACCGUAAAUAAUGUUUUGCUACAAGAUAUAAUUGAGGAUAUUCCCAAAUAUUAUAUUGUUAACAAAAUAAUGAUUAAUCAAUGUACUAAUGACAUAUUAUUUAAAUGUUUUUUUUUAGAUAUUGUUCAUUAUAAUGCUCAUUUCAGAGCAUACAAAGUAAUACAAACAACACGUAGUCGUACUAUUGCGUAUGUAGACUUGUACACAAAUUUAAUUUCUGUACUGUAUAAAGUAAAAUUGGAUUCCUAUGUUAAAGUUGAUUUUUGAUGUAUAUUAUAUUGUACUGUGAUGUCGACAAAACGAGUACGUGCAAAUCCAAAGCUAUUUCAGUGUUAUGAGUAGGUACAGUCGCUGUAUGAAGAUUUAUUAUUUUGAUUUCGGCUGUUUUAGUGUGAUUGUUUAAAUUAUUCAGAAGGGUUGUUGCA